AUGAUUCGUGGCGCUUGCAUCCUCCUUGCCUUCCGCGGUGUCGCCGCCGAUGCAGACAUUAUGCCGUCUUGCGCGGUGAAGGGCAUGGCCUACUCGCUUGAUCGCGCAGAUCUUCUCAACGUUGCAUACCUCUCGGAUUCCAAGCAAUGUCAGGUGAGCUGCCAGACGAUGCUGGGCUGCACCCACUUCACAUGGAAAGAGGACUCCUACCCCGGUGGUGCUUGCUACCUCUACAAAGGUAAGCUCGGGAAAGAGACGACCGAUGAGAAAGCAAUCAGCGGACCGAAGGCCUGUCCCGACGACGAGGAGGCUGGGGCUCCUGAGAAGUCCCGCCUCUUGGAGUUCGUGGAGGAGGAUCGUGGCUGGGUGGAACCGACUUUGCUGCCGGACUUGGUGACACUUCCCCCGGACACCAAGAACAUUGAAAAGGCGGCGCACCAGCUCCUAGGAUCGGCAGCUGACCAGAUCAGCGAGCUGGCGGGCGAGAAUGGUGAGACCGUCGCGAAGUUCCAGCAGUCGGCAAACCAACUCCUUGGAUCGGCAGCUGACCAGAUCAGCAAGCUGGCGGGCGAGAGUGGUGAGGCAUCCGAGAAGUUCGACAAGUCGACGCACGAACUCCUUGGAUCAGCAGCGGACGAGAUCGACAUGCUUGCGGAGGGAAAGGAGCUGGGCGCUGCUCCUGGAGCAGCGGGUGGCGAUGGCGGCAACAGCGCGGUCUAUGGCGUGAUUGGUGGCAUUGCCGGCUGCCUUGCCGUUGCCGGCGGUGCCCACUACUUCAUGUCCGGAAAAACGAACAAGACGAAGAAGAUCAAGCGUGCCGCCACCAUCGAGAAGGCGCCCCUGGUCGAGGAGGCCCCGGAGCAGCCAGUUCCCUCGACAGCCGCCCCCGCAGUGACUCCAGGAUUUCAGCAGUAUCAAGGCUCCAUGUACCCCAUGGCCCAGCCAUCUCAAAUGAUGCCGGUGCCACAGUACUACCAGGUGCCAAAUUACCAGCCCAUGGCCUACUACUACCCGUACCCUGCAGCAUAA